AUGGACCUGUCCAUUCGCAACACAGGUAUAACUGUCAUUCACGAACCAGACUCGGGCUUGCCUAUUGUUGACAUCGUCGUCAUUCAUGGCCUUCAGGGACACCCGUACAAGACUUGGGCAUGCAGACAUACCCAACGAAGUGAAUCAACAACUGUUGGUUCCAGCGUCAAAGCUUCCGAGAAUGAAAAUGGAAGCCAGAAAUCGUAUCAACGUGUUGUUCCAUGGCUCUCAAGGGGGCAUUCGCCCUCACCGUCCAUCCGGUCCGACCCAGAUCUGAAGAGGCGAGAAAAUGGAAGCACAAAGGGAGCCGAACUCUUCUGGCCAAAGGACCUGCUUCCCGUCCAAUAUCCGAGUGCACGAAUCCUGGUAUACGGUUAUGACACCAGAGUUACAAAUUACCUGUCUGGGUCAACGAACGAGAACUCCAUCCACUCCCAUGGCAAAGACCUCCUCUAUUCACUCGCGGCGUGCCGCAGCCUUGAUCGCCCCUUAGUCUUCAUUGCACACAGUCUUGGAGGCAUAGUCGUCAAAGAAAUGCUCGCAAGUUCAUCAAACUCUCUUGAUGAUUUGGAAAAUGUCGUCGCAUCGACAGCCGCCGUGAUAUUCCUGGGGACUCCGCAUAGAGGCAGCCCUGACCUCGCUUUACUCGGCGACCGGGCGAGGAGCAUGAUCAGCGCAUUGAGAAUGAGAACGAACCCGGCCAUACUGGAUGCCCUUAGGCUGAAGACGAAUGACCUAGAACGAGCCCAAGAAGCUUUUUCCACUGUCUGGAGUCAAUACGAUUUCCGCGUCAAGACCUUUCAGGAAGGACUUGGACUUCCUGGGCUGAAUUUCGGACCUUUCGGAAAGAAGGUCGUUCCUCACUUCUCGAGCCUGCUUGGUGAUGUUCGGGAACGAGCCGAGUCGAUCCAAGCCAACCAUAUGGAAAUGUGCCGUUUCAUGGGGCUCGAUGACCCAAAUUAUAAAAGAUUAUGUGGGGAAGUCACUUCAAUCUACGACUGGCUCGCCGGAUCCAAUGCCACGACAGCAAAUCGCGUUGAUAAACAUUCACUCACAGCCAACACUUUGGCGAUCUCGUCUCGUGAGAGCAGAGCGGGGGCCAUGGGUGAGCGCGAGAAGAUCUGUCUGCAGUCUUUAUUAUUUCCGCACAUGAAUCAGCGAACCCAGAGUUUCGAGAAGCCGGCCGAAGGAACCUGCUCUUGGUUCUUUGAACAUGAAGCGUUCGUCAACUGGCUCGCCCAUAAGAGUCAAACCAAAUUUUGUGGUCUUCUUUGGCUAAGAGGCAAGCCGGGCUCUGGAAAAUCGACAUUGCUCAAAGAAGCCUUCUUUAGAGCUACAAUUGAAACGAGUGUCUCCGAACACCACGUCGCGUCAUUCUUCUUCAAUGCUAAAGGCGAUGAUCUGGAACACUCGCCAACUGGGAUGUUACGAUCUAUCCUUCAUCAGAUGUGUUCUCGGAGUACUGACCUCUUGGGGGCACUACUGAAUUUCGCUCAGAGCAGACGUGCUUUGUUUGGCGAAGACUUGGCUCCUUGGGAGGAAGCAGAGCUCAGGGCUUUCUUCAAAUCAGCUAUCGCCGGCCACAAGGAAAGAACUGUUAUAUUCAUAGAUGCAAUUGAUGAGUGCGACUCGAACUCCAUACGCGAUGUGGCCGAUUUCUGGCGGGAAACUACAAAGACAGCAUACCAUGCAGGCGUCCAGCUAAGCGUCUGCUUGUCUAGUAGGCACUUCCCUGCCAUUGCUGUCAACGACUGCCCUGAAAUCAUUAUGGAGGACCACAAUCACGCGGAUAUUGUCAAGUUCGUAACACGGCGGCUCGAUCUCGGCAUGGCCGGCAACUAUGCAGAUCAGCAGGCCAUCCAGAAGAAGAUAUUGCAGAAGUCAGGGGGAGUGUUUCUCUGGGUUUCUCUGGUGUUGAAAGACAUUCUGCGGAAACACGAUGAAGGACAAGGGCUGAGAUCCCUACUCAAGCACCUGGAUUCUGUGCCACGGGAGCUUGAGGACUUAUUCUGUCAACUACUGACUACAGCGCCAUCCUCAACGAUGAUUGUCAGGAUUUUCCAGUGGGCGUUGUUGCCUACCAAACCCCUACGUCUCCACGAGUGGCAUCACAUACUGGCUUUCAUAGGAGACACCGCCCCGUCAAGCCUAGACCAGUGGCGGCAAUCCGACGUUUACACAAAGACUGACGAGCAACUGGAGAAGCGAAUAAUACACAUGUCUCGAGGUCUUUUGGGCUUCAACAUGAGGACCGGCAACGGCCAUGAGCCUGCUGAUGAUGCUUGGUCUGACCGCGCCGGCGCAGGGUCUCUUGAUCUGAACACUGGAGAGACCAGAGUGGUUCAAGUCAUACAUGAGUCCGUCCGACAAUACUUCAUGGAAGGCCCCGGUUUUUCCGUUUUGAACUCAGAUUUCGCAGAAAGGAGCCUGGCAAAUGCUCAUCUUUCAAUUAUGAGUGUCUGCCUCGACUACAUACGUAUUGCCGAGCUGAACUCACUGGUCAAAGCACGCAAAGUGGCUCAGCGAUUUACGAGUAGUCGGUCUGCAUCAGAGCGAGCUUCAAGCGUAGCCAGCUUUGGGUCAGCAGGCACUUACGAUGGGGCACAUACCCCAGUCGAGCUGGACAUGCACCAAAGAGAUACCCUACCUGCGAACGGCGAGAGAUCACGCUCCAAUGGGAUUUCUUUAUCGAUGUCCCCUUCUAUGGGGUCCGAUGACAACUUUUUCGCAUUGCGCAGCUUGAAGGGAUUAUCAGGAUCAGCGGGAGCUCACGACGUUAUGAGAGGCUGGUUGAAAGAUCAAUCCGUGACAGACGAAGCUCACUGCGAUGAGCCGGAAGAUCAAUCCGUGACAGACCAAGCUCACUGCGACGAGCCGGCUCUGCCUGAUCACGCGUCCCGUCAGGCAUCAACCGCUGGUAGUUCACAAGUUCUAGAAGACUACAUCGCUCUCCUUUCCUACGCGACCUCCGAACUUUUCACCCAUGCUCGGAAGGCCGAUGUCGAAGGCCUAGAUCCAAGUCAUGUUGUUUGGCGCUUGCGUGAUGGUACUUGGGAUCGUUGGAAAGCACUGCAGGAAGAUGUAGACGAGCGGACGGAGUUUCUCUACUUCGCAGCCAACCUGGGAUUGUCCUUCUGGCUUAAGGCCGACCGCGUCUGGAAGGAUAGCGAAGUCAUUUCUUCCAUCGACUUUGCCAUCGAAAACAGCAAUACCAAAGUUCUUGGAAAUCUAUUAACAGUAGAUGCCUUCCCGUCGGCGGGAUACACAAGGGAGACCAGCAGCAAAAUCCUUGCCUUUUUGGUCAGUGCACCGGAUGUUGCGCUUUUGCAAGCAUACCUAUCACAGUAUCCUUCACAGGAACAUGACGCGAUGAAUUCGAUCAUGGCGAAGAAAGACAUACUGGAAAACAAAUAUGGAGACGGCAGGACUGCUUUACACCUCGCAGUCAUACAACAGAACAAGGCCGCUGUUUCUGUGCUUCUCGAACAUGGUGCCGACGUUUCUGCCGCUGAUCGCCUGCUUAGGACAUCGUUGCAUCUAGCUUGUAUAAGCGAUUCGAGGCUGGCAUGCAAGCCUUCGAGCGACAAGUCACGCAGCGAUAUCAUCGAAUUGCUUCUCGCUCAUCACGCAGAAGUCAAUGCUGUUGAUGCUCAAGGCCAGACUCCACUAUCGAUAGCCUGUUCGAACAUCGCUUGGGCCCCUUGGGGAGACAGGGGUGAGAGUCUUUCGAGUACUGAUGUACAUUUCGACAGAGACGACUUUGACGUUGUCGACGUGCUGCUCAAGCACGGAGCGGAUACCACAAUAAGGAACUCUCUGGGAUUACUCCCGCUCCACGAUGCCUGUUGGACUAGCUCAGGUGGUGUUCAGAGCAAGGUACCCAUAGUAAGCAAGCUGCUAGACUACGGCUCACCCGUGAACGCAGUGGGGGAAGGAGGCGGAACGCCCCUGCAUAUUGCUUGCUUUUGUUCAGAAGGUGAAAUAGUCGAAGAGCUCCUCCGCCGGGGUGCCAACCCCUCAUCGCAAGACCAUGAGGGCCGUAGCCCCCUUCAUAUCGCUGCCGCCCGGUCCACUGAAAAGGUGGUCGAGGCUCUGCUUUUGUUCCCUGGCACCUCCGUGGACGCCAUGGACGAUAGCGGAUCGACACCUCUGCACGUGGCUUGUGAUCUUCAUUCCAGUCUCAGGCAAAGAGUUUCAACGAUACUUGCCAGCAUCCGGCUGCUGCUUGCACAGGGUGCCAAAGCUUAUACGAUGCGGGACUUGAAUGGAGAUUCGCCAGCCGACAUCGCGAGAAAAAACGGCUUCAAGGAGGCUGUGGAACUGCUGGCGGCAGAAAGUUGUGACGCUCACCUUAGACGGCCAUCUAAAUGGUGCGGCGAGCAAUUUGACUUCUGA